AUGAUUUCAUUCUUCGUCUUGCUUCUAGCGGUGGGUGUUGUGGCACUCAUUUCAUCCGCCUUCUACAAGUCACUAGCCUUGAAAGAUGUUCCUGGUCCAUUAAUCACAAGAUUUACCAAGAUCCCUCUUCUCUACCAGACGAUCAACCUGAAUCGAACCCGAUAUAUCCACGAAUUGCAUCGCAAAUAUGGUCCCCUGGUUCGAUUAGCCCCAAACGAGAUAUCUCUUAACCACCCACCAUCAGUAGGUCCCAUCUACAACUAUGAGAAGACUCAUUUCUAUAAUGCCUUCGAGGCGUAUGGAGCGAAGAACAUGUUCAGUACUCCAGAUCGCGCACGCCAUAGCUCAAGGAGAAAGCUUCUCGGUGGCGAAUACACCAAGGCUUACAUGCUACGGCCUGAGAACUUGACUGUCAUCAAUGAUCGCGUCAGACAGAUGUUGAAGAAUAUCUCGGAGAUCAACCACGUCGAUGUGUUCUAUCUCUUUAAUUACAUGGCGCAAGACGUCAUCUCUGGUUUCUUCUUCGGCGACCAGAAUGGAAGUCACCUGCUCCAAGGCCACGACAUCGAAGUGUUUGAUGCCUGGCAUAUGCGAAGAGAGACUUUUCACUGGUUUGCUGAGCUCCCAAAACUUACAAAUUUUCUAUACUCGUCCGGUAUUGCGAGCCUGCUUCCAAGCUGGAGAGAUGCGGCGGCAGCAGAGCAGUUCAUCAACGAUAUGACACACAAAUGGAUGGACCGGUGUGACCCGGAAAAAUCGCACCUUUUAACCAAACUUCUGAAGUCGGAUCUAUCGCGCGAGCAGAUCUCUGCAGAAGUCAUGGACCACAUGGGGGCUGGACACGAGACAACAGGCACCACACUCACGUUCAUGGUUGACCACCUCUCCAAAAAUCCAGAGCAACAAACCAAGCUUCACGAGGAGCUCAAAAAUGUCGACUUGGACGACUUCGCCGCAGUCGACAAGCUGCCUUAUCUGCAUGGUGUCGUACUGGAGACGUUGCGAUUGUAUUCGUCCAUCCCAGCUUCGGAGCCACGUAUCGUGCCUGCCAGCGGAGUCACGCUCUUGGAUAGAUUCAUCCCGGCUUCGACCGUCAUCUCAGCCCAACCGUACAGCAUGCACCGUCAGGAAGAGUACUUUGAGCGAAAUUUGGAAUUUGUGCCCGAGCGCUGGAACGAGCCAACUGCUAGUGCCAAGACGGCUUGGAUGGCCUUCGGAAAGGGCACGAGAGGCUGUAUCGGCCAGAACAUUGCCAUGGUCACCAUCAAGGUGGCCAUCAGCCACUUGUAUAAGACCUAUGAGACAAGCAAGCCAACUGUGUUGCCUGCAUCAGAGAAUAUGGAUUUCAAGGACUAUUACAUGAUCACGCCCGUCAACGACACCUGUUCGGUCGUCUUCAGAAAGGUGGAGCAUGGAGAGAAGUGUUAG